AGAAAAGUUUACCUAAGAUUGGGAAAGACAUUUUGUAAUCUAUAAUUAGAGUACCUAUAAAAUUGCUUCAAAACAAAAAAAUAAAUGAAAUAUCAUUUCCGUAGCUAUUUUCCACGUUGCUUGUUGCUAACUUCAAGACAGUGAGUAAGCGAGCUUGAUGAACACGAACCGCGAAUGUCCAUCAUCUGAAGACUAAUUUCAUUGUCUUGUUGAAACGCAAAGCAAAAUUCUGGCAAAAUUGUGCGCGUUCGUGCCCGAUGUCUAGUGCUGAAGUCGCCGAUAAUUCCGUUGACCCCCCGGCGAAAAAGCGGAAGCUAAACACAGAAGAAUCCCGUUCCAAUUCCUCUGCAAUGGCGAACAAUGGAACGCGUGUGGAAGAUGAAAUCGACGAGAGUUUGUAUUCGAGACAACUGUAUGUGCUGGGACAUGAUGCCAUGCGCCGUAUGGCGAGUUCGGAUGUUUUGGUCUCAGGUCUUGGAGGACUCGGUGUGGAAGUGGCUAAAAACGUGAUUUUGGGUGGUGUGAAGUCUGUCACUUUACAUGACGAGCGGACUUGUACAGUCGCUGACUUGUCGUCUCAGUUCUACUUGUCUGAGAAAACUAUUGGCCAAAAUCGUGCGCUGGCGUCAUGCGAACAGUUGUCAGAACUGAACCACUACGUGCCGACUACGGCGCACACGGGACCUCUGACUGAGGAGUUCCUUUCUAAAUUCAGUGUCGUAGUACUGACGGGAGCGUCGCAGGCUGAGCAGGAACGCGUGGCCGCAAUCACUCAUUCUAAAAAUAUUGCCUUGAUCAUCGCAGACACGAGAGGUCUCUUCUCUCAAGUGUUCUGCGACUUUGGUCCUGAGUUCUCAGUUGUGGAUGUAACAGGUGAGAACCCCGUGUCUGCUAUGGUAGCGGACAUCACACAUGAGUAUGAAGCUGUUAUCACAUGUUUGGACGACACUCGUCAUGGUCUUGAGGAUGGAGACUAUGUUACUUUCAGUGAGGUCCAAGGAAUGACUGAACUAAAUGGUUGUGAGCCCAGAAAAAUCAAGGUACUCGGUCCUUAUACCUUCAGUAUUGGUGACACAACCAGCUUCUCCAAGUAUGAGAGGGGCGGCAUAGUUACACAAGUCAAGAUGCCUAAGAAACUCAACUUCAAACCUCUAAAAGAGUCCUUCAAGAAUCCAGAGUUUGUGAUCACAGAUUUUGGGAAAUUUGACUACCCUCAACAAUUGCAUGUGGCUUUUGCUACCCUCCACAAGUACCAGGAAAGUGAGGGCAGUCUCCCGAAGCCAUGGUGUGAUGCUGAUGCAGCAAAGUUUAUUAAUUAUGCUAAGUCUCUAGUUAAAGACCAGGAAAUCUUUAAAGAUGGUGAAAUAGAAUUGAAUACAGAGCUUUUGGAAACAUUCAGUAAGGUUUCAUCUGGGGAUUUGAAUCCCAUGAAUGCAGCCAUUGGUGGUGUAGUCGCCCAGGAAGUAAUGAAAGCCUGUUCCGGCAAGUUUCAUCCCAUUGUCCAGUGGCUAUACCUUGAUGCUGUUGAGUGCCUUCCCAAAGAUAGGUCAGCACUUACCGAAGAGUCAUGCAAGCCUGUCGGAUCAAGAUACGAUGGACAAGUAGCUGUUUUCGGACGAGAUUUUCAGAAAAGAAUUGGUGAACUGAAGUACUUCAUAGUUGGUGCUGGUGCGAUCGGCUGCGAGCUGCUGAAGAACUUCGCAAUGAUCGGCGUGGGGGCGGACGGCGGCGCCAUCACGGUCACCGACAUGGAUCUCAUUGAGAAGUCUAAUCUCAACCGACAGUUCCUCUUCCGACCUUACGACGUGCAGAAGCCUAAGUCUAGCACUGCUGCUAAGGCGAUCAAGCAAAUGAACCCGGCGGUGAACGUGAUCGCGCAGGAGAACCGCGUGUGCGCCGAGACGGAGGCCGUGUACGACGACGCGUUCUUCGAGGCGCUGCACGGCGUCGCCAACGCGCUCGACAACGUGGACGCGCGCAUCUACAUGGACCGCCGCUGCGUCUACUACAGGAAGCCGCUGCUCGAGAGCGGCACGCUCGGCACCAAGGGCAACACGCAGGUUGUGGUCCCGUUCCUGACGGAGUCGUACAGCUCGUCCCAGGACCCGCCGGAGAAGAGCAUCCCGAUCUGCACGCUGAAGAACUUCCCGAACGCCAUCGAGCACACGCUGCAGUGGGCGCGCGACGAGUUCGAGGGCCUGUUCCGGCAGGCGGCCGAGCACGCGGCGCAGUACCUGCGCGACCCGCACUUCCUCGACCGCACCAUGCGCCUGCCCGGCAGCCAGCCGCUCGACGCGCUCGACAGCGUCCGGCACGCGAUCAACGAGCGGCCGCUGAACUUCGCGGACUGCGUGUCGUGGGCGCGGCUGCACUGGGAGUCGCAGUACUCGAACCAGAUCAAGCAGCUGCUGUACAACUUCCCGCCCGACCAGCUCACCACCAGCGGCGCGCCCUUCUGGUCCGGCCCCAAGCGCUGCCCCGCGCCGCUCGAGUUCGACCCCAGCGACGAGCUGCACCUCGACUACGUGGUGGCCGCCGCCAACCUCAGGGCCCACGUCUACGGGAUACCGAACUGUGUGGACAGGCAGUACAUAGCGCAGAUCGCGUCCAGUGUGCAGGUGCCAGAAUUCAGUCCCAAAUCCGGUAUAAAGAUUGCGGUGACUGACGCCCAGCUGCAGCAGAACAACGACGAGAUGGACCAGGACAAGGUGAAGAACAUUAUCGCCGAGCUGCCACCGCCGAGCAAGCUCGACAACCUCAAGGUCACCCCGCUCGAGUUCGAGAAGGAUGACGACACCAACUUCCACAUGGACUUCAUUGUGGCCGCGUCCAACCUCCGUGCGGCCAACUACAAAAUACCGCCGGCAGACAGGCAUCGCUCCAAACUGAUCGCCGGUAAGAUCAUCCCGGCCAUCGCCACCACCACCUCAGUCGUCGCCGGCCUCGUCUGCCUCGAACUGUACAAACUCGCUCAAGGCUUCAACACGUUGGACGUCUUCAAGAAUGGCUUCGUUAACCUCGCAUUACCCUUCUUCGGCUUCUCCGAACCCGUCGCUGCCCCAACCAACACCUACUACGACAAGAAAUGGACCCUCUGGGACAGAUUCGAGGUCAAAGGCGAAAUAACACUGCAGCAGUUCCUAGACUACUUCAAAAACGAACACAAACUCGAGAUCACAAUGUUGUCGCAAGGGGUUUGCAUGUUGUACUCGUUCUUCAUGCCGAAAGCGAAGCGCCAGGAGAGACUCAACCUGCCCAUGUCUGAGGUGGUCACCAAAGUGUCCAAGAAGAAACUGGAGCCCCACGUGAAAGCGUUAGUGUUCGAAUUGUGCUGCAACGAUGAAGACGGGAACGAUGUCGAGGUCCCAUACGUCAAGUAUACAUUGCCUUAAUAGAAAGAUAUGUAACGACGUACGAAAGAUCACGAGCCAAAAUUUUUUAUCGUAUUCAAUUCGGCGACGCGGCGACGUCGGGUCUGGUGCAUUUGAAGCAUUUAAGGCAUUAUACAGUUGCCAUUCCACGUAAUGGUUCUACACGAAUUUCACAAUAAAGGGUAUUUUUAAUGCGAUCGUGGACGCGAUAGAUGUAAACUCGUUUUAUACUCGGCUCGGCUCGUGAGGGCCGCGACGGCGGCGGGCCCGCUCUGCGGACGCCAGUGUACAGUGAUAGUGUUACCUGUGUGACGUUUUAUUUGUGCUUUAGAACACGCUUUCGUCUUCAUAUUAUAUAUUUAUAGUAGUAUAAUUGUUUGCUCACACCACACCUCUCAUCAUACGCGCUAGGUUUUUGUUUCGUGAAAAUUAUUUGAUUUUAUAACAAAUUAUUGGAUAUUUUUAAUGUUCAAAUCAGAUGGGUCUGUAUAUGGAAAGAAAUAAUAAAUAAAAAUUUGAGCA